GCUUCUUCAACAGCGACAAAGGCUUCUUAUUCAACCAACGUGGUGGUUUGCUAGCGAACAUUAAACCGAAAUAUUGAAGUGUUUAAGAGUAAUCUUGUGUAUAUUACUCUUAGUGUUUUAAACACAAUUCUGUGUACAUAUCAACUCGUUCAUUGAAACGUAGAUUGCUUGUUAAAUUAGCUAAUGUGGUACAUUGAUAUUGCACUAGGCUAAUCGCCCGGAACAUGAGCUCACUAAUCUCGACGGAGAAAGAAGCUCUGGUGAAAGGAGAGGAAGAAGCUUUCAGGAUGAAAAGGGAGGAAGAGGAGUCUAUCACAUUGAAAGAAGAGGAUGAUAUUACAGUGAAGAGGAAUAUGGGAACGAGGUUGUGGAAGAGGAGGAGGUAGAAGCUUUCAGAAUCAAAAAGGAGGAAGAUGCCGUAAUUUUGAAGAGGAAGAACCUUUUGAAGUAAAAGAGGAAGAGGAGGCUAUCUCAAUUAAAGUGGAGGAGGAAGACGUUUUGGGAGUGAAAAAGGAUGAGGCUGAAGAUUCGAGAGAGAGACAUGACUAUCGUGGAUCCUCUGGGAAGCCUCAACAACAUCCUGAUUCUGACGAGGCAGAGGAGAGUCUCUCCAGAUCAGAACACCAGAUGGACAACGCUAGCCCUUCCGUCCUCCCGGAGUCCCCGUGGCGUGCCUCUCCCGGUAGCACCUUACUGCUGGGUAUGAAGAGGUUGUCUGUGCUGCUGGUGGACUGCAGGAAAACAACGGGGCUGAGUGGAACUGUGAGAAGAGGAGAAGAGAAGAAAGGAUCAGAUUUGACACAUCAAAGAGACAGACCAGGCUCAGAGGAACCAGAGCCAGGGACGUCCAAACCAGCAAGACGACACCAGUGUUCCCACUGUGGAAAGGGUUGUAACCUCUUAUGGGAGCUGAAACAACAUGAGAGAAUACACACAGGGGAGAAGCCUUUCCACUGCUCCCAGUGUGGAAAAAGUUUUGGCCAUAAAGGAACCCUGAACAAACACGAGAGAAUACACACAGGGGAGAAGCCUUACCACUGCUUCCAGUGUGGAAAGAGUUUUAACCUGUUAGGUUCUCUGAAACGACAUGAGAGAUUACACACAGGGCAGAAGCCUUACCACUGUUCCCAAUGUGGAAAGGGUUGUAACCUCUUAUGGGAGCUGAAGCAACAUGAGAGAACACAUACAGGGGAGAAGCCUUACCACUGCUCGCAGUGUGGAAAGAGUUUUAACCAGAAAGGACACAUGAAAGCUCACGAGAGAAUACACACAGGGGAGAAGCCUUACCACUGCUCUCAGUGUGGAAAGAGUUUUAGCCGGUUAAGGAACCUGAAAGUUCAUGAGAUAAUACACACAGGGGAGAAGCUUUUCCAGUGCUCCCAGUGUGGCAAGUGUUUUAACCAGUUAGGGGCCAUGAAACAACAUGAGAGAAUACACACGGGGGAGAAGCCUUACCACUGCUCCCAGUGUGGAAAGUGUUUCAACUGGUCAGGGGAUCUGAAAAAACAUGAGAGAUUACACACAGGGGAGAAGCUUUACCACUGUUCCCAAUGUGGAAAGGGUUGUAACUUAUUAUGGGAUCUGAAACAACAUGAGAGAACACACACAGGGGAGAAGCCUUACCACUGCUCGCAGUGUGGAAAGAGUUUUAAACUGAAAGGACACCUGAAAGCUCACCAGAAAAUUCACACGGGGGAGAAGCCUUACCACUGCUCCCAGUGUGGAAAGUGUUUCAGCCGGUCAGGUGAUCUGAAGAAACAUGAGGAAUACACACAGGGGAGAAGCCUAACCACUCCUCCCAGGGUGCAAAGCUUUUGCCCAUUUAGGAAGCAUGGAAGAACACAUGAGACUGCACACAGAGGAGAAGGCUUACAAAAUCUCAGACUGGGAAAACAUAUUAAUCAUAAGUCAUAUUACACUUAA